AAGCAAAUGCAGCCCCCUUGUAGAAACAGCUCACAAAGUCCCAAAGACCCACUCUCGACACUUCGUUUCCAUCGCCAUUUCAACAGUCUCCGGAGUUUCCAAGGCCGCAGCACAGAAAACACCCACACACAGCAAAAGCAUUUUAAUUUCUUUGUUUGUUUCGUUUCCGUUGUAUAAAAGUCAAGCGACUUUCUUCCCAUUUCUGGCUUCAUUUUCUCCCUUCGCAUUUAUCAACUCUCUUGGCUAGCCCACUGUCCCGAGCUCCCAUGGCUUCCAUCGCCGCGUCAAACGUCGUCGCUUUUAAAUCCGCCGAUAAAUUCGGAGCUCCUGGCGAUGCCAGAGCCUGCCAUUUCAAGCAAUGGGCCCCAGUUGGUAGCACAAUCGGAUCGGGUCGGAGCAUUGGCCUCAAGUACAGAUCCAAGAGCAGCUCCGGUCACGUGAGGGCUCAGGUGGCCACGCUUGAACAAGCAAGCACAGGAGCAGCACCAAAAGUGGAGGGUCCUGUGGUGGUAGUGACCGGAGCUUCUAGGGGCAUUGGCAAAGCCAUUGCUCUGUCUUUGGGCAAAGCUGGUUGCAAGGUCCUUGUUAAUUACGCAAGGUCGUCAAAGGAGGCAGAGGAGGUUUCCAAAGAGAUUGAGGCAUUCGGUGGACAAGCUCUUACUUUUGGAGGAGAUGUUUCGAAGGAAGAAGAUGUUGAAGCCAUGCUCAAAACUGCGGUUGAUGCUUGGGGAACUGUUGAUGUAUUAAUAAAUAAUGCAGGAAUUACUAGAGAUGGUCUAUUGAUGAGAAUGAAGAAACAACAAUGGCAGGAGGUCAUCGAUCUAAAUCUAACUGGUGUAUUUCUAUGUACCCAGGCAGCAGCUAAAAUUAUGAUGAAGAAGAAGAAGGGAAGGAUAAUCAAUAUAGCAUCGGUUGUUGGCCUAGUUGGAAAUGUUGGACAAGCCAACUAUAGUGCUGCAAAAGCAGGAGUAAUUGGCCUGACAAAGACUGUUGCUAAGGAGUAUUCAAGCAGACACAUCAAUGUUAAUGCUGUUGCCCCGGGAUUUAUUGCAUCGGACAUGACUGCCAAGCUAGGGGAUGACAUUGAGAAGAAAAUUUUAGAGACCAUCCCCUUAGGAAGAUAUGGCCAACCUGAAGAAGUUGCUGGACUGGUGGAAUUCUUGGCCCUUAGUCCUGCAGCCAGUUACAUGACUGGACAGGUGCUCACCAUUGAUGGAGGCAUGGUGAUGUAGGUCUACUAUACUGCUGACCCCAAGAUGUGGAUUAGAACGGCUGAGCUUCAAGUUGAGUAUGAAAUGGAAUCACCGGAUUCUAAUGGGAUAUGACAGACAGAUUAUGUGAAUGCCCAUCAUCAUGUUACAAGUAAUUUGCUUUAAGUUAAUUCAAAAAUAAAUUCUUCAGCAAGUUUUGAUAGAAUUUCAGUUUAGGUUGGAAGUGGCACUAGUAAAAAGAGCUCUGUAAAAUGACCUGUUUGUGGAAUGUGUUUGCUAAAAUUGAAGUGCAGUUUUCAGUCGAGUUAAA